AUGAAUGAAGAUGCUACUCCAUCAGACCCUCGUCUACCACGGGGGAGGGGCAAGAGAGCAACCAAACAAGAUCUGUCCUCUUUCCCACCUUCCCAAACUGGAUCUCCCAGACGACACUCUGGUUUUUGUCGCAAAUUCUGGGACAAGGUAAUCAACCAGUGUCGUUGCGCCCAGAACAAUGGGCGCUCGUUGAGCCCUUCGCCCGUGGAUGGCAUACAAAGCCGACGGGAUCCCGUUCCUGUGCAGAUUCCCCAGGUAGGCGUAGUUCUAGCUCUCGACACACGCAUCCUAAAGUCUAUCAUCCAGCCAGAACCACUGAACCCGGAAGUUGUGAAUGAAAGGAUUAGAGAUGCCACUAGAGGUAUCACAGACAUCCGCCUUGUAUCGGGCAACGCCAAAAAUGCCGUCUCAGCAACCGGCAAAGUUCAGACGGUUCUCAAUGAGGUCGACAUGUGGACUGCGAUUCUUGGGCCACUGAAGACCUUCAACUCUGUUGCUGAUCGUAUUGGAGAUAUUCAUCCCUAUCUGAAGGGAACAAUGACUAUUUUGACUGGCGCGUCUCAGAUCAUCAUCGAUCAGGCAGACCGUGAUGCUGCUGUUUAUCGUCUUCUCGAGAAGAUCUCGGAAGUUUAUGCCUUAAUGACCGAAGAGGAGGAAUUGAAGAAUAUUUCGUCCAUGCUACCAAUAUAUCUAAAGAUCGCACAACAGACGCAAGAAUGCGCUGAUUUCGUUGUCCAUUACUCUGAGACCAAGAAUUUCUGUGAGUAG